AUGAACCUCCCUACAAGACUCUUCAGCCUCUUGGCUUUAUCUGCAGUAGGGCUCUCGCUCCCCAAGGUCAUCGAUGUUAGGGCAGAGGAUUUUAUUCAGAUGAGGGAUAUCCACGUUUUGGAGAACGGUACCCAAAUCAAUCAGCCAGUUUCGAUCGAUAUGGUCUGUGGGGGGUGCCAAGCUUCAUACAGCUAUACCAAGAUUGGAGAUGGAGAUCCGCACCAGAACUUUGUGAUCACCCAGAAAGGAGGAACACUUGUUGCCUGUGACACAUCGACUACAUCUACAGGCACUGGAUACUCAACUACUCUUGGCUGGAGUUUGAGCCUGGGCGUCAACACGCCGUUCGAAUCUGCUGGAUUUAGUAUCUCCGAUUCCGAGACUUAUUCGGUUUCAAACAUAUUCACCUGCGCUGGUGUUGCCGAUGAAGAUGGAGACAUAUGUGUUCUUUUCUAUCAAGCCGUCACAGCCUUCACGGUGACUGUGAAGGAAGUCAACUCUUGCGCCUGCGGAGGCACCAAUACUGUAGAUCGUGGCGAAGCUGUUGUUUACGCGCCCAAUUCAAACCAGAUUGGCAGCAUCGCUGGAAGAGGAAUCAAUGUGGUGAAGCAUGGUGUACAGCAGUGUGUUGGAGACUCUGACAGAAAGGUUGACUACUAUUGUGGACCAUCGGGGGGGCCUGAUUGGUGGAAUGGCAAAGCGGAGGGUCCUUGGAUUGAUGACUAUGUCAAUGAACGUUCACCUGCUGGCUGCUCCAUUCCUAUCGAGGCCCAUAGGUAUGAUGACUGA